CCAAGGCGCGCGCGCGCGAAGAUGGCGGCGGCCGCCGGCGGGCAGAGUGUGAGGAGCAGUAGAGAACUGUGGACAAUUCUGCUUGGAAGGUCAGCUCUAAGAGAACUGAAUCAGAUAGAGGCAGAACUGAAUAAACAUUGGCAGCGGUUGUUAGCGGGGCUUUCUUACUACAGACCUCCCAGUUCAAGUUCAGCUGAGAAAGUAAAAGCUAAUAAAGAUGUAGCUUCACCACUGAAGGAGCUGGGGUUAAGAAUCAGCAAGUUUUUGGGUCUUGAUGAAGAACAGAGCGUGCAGUUACUGCACUGUUACCUCCAGGAGGACUACCGGGGCACUCGGGACUCACUGAAGGCGGUCCUGCAGGAUGAGAGACAGAGCCAGGCCUUGAUCCUGAAGAUUGCGGACUAUUACUAUGAGGAAAGAACCUGCAUUCUGCGCUGUGUCUUGCACCUUCUGACUUACUUCCAAGAUGAGCGACACCCAUAUAGGGUUGAGUAUGCAGACUGUGUUGAUAAGUUGGAGAAGGAGCUGGUUUCAAAGUACAGACAGCAGUUUGAAGAGCUUUAUCAGACUGAAGCCCCAACAUGGGAGACCCAUGGGACCCUCAUGACUGAGCGCCAGGUGUCCCGCUGGUUUGUCCAGUGCCUUCGGGAGCAGUCCAUGCUGCUGGAAAUCAUCUUCCUUUAUUAUGCCUACUUUGAGAUGUCACCUGCUGAUUUAUUGGUGUUAACCAAGAUGUUUAAAGAACAAGGAUUUGGUAGUAGGCAGACCAAUAGGCAUCUGGUGGAUGAGACCAUGGAUCCGUUUGUGGAUCGGAUUGGCUACUUCAGUGCCCUGAUUCUGGUGGAAGGCAUGGAUAUCGAGUCCUUGCAUAAGUGUGCCCUGGAUGACAGGAGAGAACUGCACCAGUUUGCCCAGGAUGGACUGACUUGCCAGGAUAUGGAUCAUCUGAUGUUGACCUUCGGGGACAUUCCACAUCACGCCCCAGUGCUUCUGGCCUGGGCUCUGCUCCGUCAUACCCUGAACCCAGAAGAGACCAGCAGUGUGGUCCGGAAGAUAGGUGGCACGGCCAUCCAGCUGAAUGUGUUUCAGUACUUGACACGACUGCUCCGGUCACUUGCCAGCGGGGGAAACAAUUGCACCACCAGCACAGCGUGCAUGUGUGUCUAUGGACUUCUGUCCUUCGUUCUGACCUCUCUGGAGCUGCACACACUGGGCAAUCAGCAGGAUGUGAUUGAUACAGCCUGUGAAGUCUUGGCAGACCCUUCUCUUCCAGAACUGUUCUGGGGAACAGAGCCAACCUCUGGUCUUGGGAUCAUUCUGGACAGCGUAUGUGGAAUGUUUCCCCAUCUCCUUUCCCCACUCCUGCAAUUACUCCGAGCUCUCGUAUCAGGAAAAUCCACUGCCAAAAAGGUGUAUAGUUUCUUGGAUAAGAUGUCUUUCUACAAUGAACUUCAUAAACACAAGCCCCAUGACGUGAUCUCCCACGAAGACGGAACUCUUUGGCGGAGACAAACACCGAAACUCCUGUACCCGCUGGGCGGUCAGACCAACCUUCGCAUACCUCAGGGCACUGUGGGCCAGGUCAUGCUGGAUGACCGGGCUUACCUGGUGCGCUGGGAGUACUCCUACAGCAGCUGGACCCUGUUCACCUGUGAGAUUGAAAUGCUGCUUCAUGUCGUCUCAACCGCAGAUGUGAUUCAGCACUGCCAGCGGGUUAAACCCAUCAUCGAUCUGGUCCACAAGGUCAUCAGUACUGAUCUGUCCAUAGCAGACUGUCUCCUGCCCAUCACAUCCCGCAUCUACAUGCUGCUACAGCGGUUAACGACAGUGAUCUCUCCCCCUGUGGAUGUCAUUGCUUCUUGUGUCAAUUGCUUGACUGUCUUGGCUGCUCGGAAUCCAGCAAAGGUCUGGACUGACCUCCGUCACACGGGCUUUCUGCCGUUCGUGGCCCACCCCGUCUCCAGCAUGAGCCAGAUGAUUAGUGCGGAGGGGAUGAAUGCUGGGGGCUAUGGGAACCUCCUGAUGAACAGCGAGCAGCCCCAGGGCGAGUACGGGGUCACCAUCGCCUUUCUGCGCCUGGUCACCACCCUUGUCAAGGGGCAGCUUGGUAGCACCCAGAGCCGAGGACUUGUGCCUUGUGUCAUGUUUGUACUCAAAGAGAUGCUUCCCAGCUACCACAAGUGGCGCUAUAACUCUCAUGGCGUGAGGGAGCAGAUCGGUUGCCUGAUCUUGGAGCUGAUUCAUGCGAUACUAAACCUGUGCCACGAGACAGACCUGCACAGCAGUCAUGCUCCCAGCCUGCAGGCUCUCUGCAUCUGCAGCUUGGCCUACACAGAAGCGGGACAGACAGUUAUCAAUAUCAUGGGCAUUGGCGUGGACACCAUUGACAUGGUGAUGGCUGCUCAGCCCCGAAGUGACGGGGCAGAGGGCCAGGGGCAGGGCCAGCUGCUGAUCAAGACGGUGAAACUGGCGUUCUCCGUCACCAACAACGCCAUCCGGCUGAAGCCUCCUUCUAAUGUGGUGUCCCCCCUGGAACAGGCUCUCACUCAGCAUGGUGCCCAUGGGAACAACCUCAUUGCUGUUCUGGCCAAGUACAUCUACCACAAACAUGACCCUGCUCUGCCACGUCUUGCCAUUCAGCUGCUGAAACGUCUGGCCACGGUGGCGCCGAUGUCAGUGUACGCGUGCCUGGGCAACGACGCAGCCGCCAUUCGCGAUGCCUUCCUGACACGGCUGCAGAGCAGAGUGGAGGACAUGCGCAUCAAAGUCAUGAUCCUGGAGUUCCUCACGGUCGCAGUGGAGACUCAGCCGGGCCUCAUUGAGCUGUUUCUCAACCUGGAGGUGAAGGAUGGCGGUGACGGCUCCAAGGAAUUCAGCCUUGGGGUCUGGAGCUGCCUGCACUCGGUGCUGGAGCUCAUUGACACCCAGCAGCAGGACCGGUACUGGUGCCCACCCCUGCUGCAUCGUGCUGCUGUGGCCUUCCUGCACGCCCUGUGGCAGGACCGUCGGGACAGCGCCAUGCUGGUCCUCAGAACCAAGCCCAAGUUUUGGGAAAAUUUGACAAGCCCGCUGUUUGGAACCCUGUCUGCUCCCUCGGAGACGUCUGAGCCCAGCGUCCUGGAGACCUGUGCCCUAAUCAUGAAGAUAAUUUGCUUGGAGAUAUACUAUGUAGUUAAGGGUUCCUUAGACCAGUCAUUAAAAGAUAUACUCAAGAAGUUUGCCGGUGAGGAACGCUUUGCCUACUGGUCAGGGUACGUCAAGUCCUUGGCGGUUCACACGGCGGAGACGGAGGGCAGCAGCUGCACCUGCUUCCUGGAGUACCAGAUGCUGGUGUCUGCCUGGCGGAUGCUGCUCAUCAUUGCCACCAGUCACGCAGACACAAUGCACCUGACCGACUCUGCAGUGCGGCGCCAGCUCUUUCUUGACGUGCUUGAUGGGACUAAAGCCUUACUCCUGGUUCCAGCUUCGGUGAACUGCCUGCGCCUUGGCUCCAUGAUGUGCACCCUGCUGCUCAUCCUCCUGCGGCAGUGGAAGAGUGAGUUAGGUCCUGUGGAUGGAAUCCUCGGGCCCUUGACAGAGGUCCUGGAGGGAGUGCUGCAGGCAGAUCCGCAGCUGAUGGAGAAGACCAAGGCCAAGGUGUUCUCCGCGUUCAUCACCGUGCUGCAGAUGAAGGAGAUGCGUGCCGGUGACAUCCCCCAGUACCCCCAGCUGGUGCUGAGCGUCUGUGAGACCCUCCAGGACGAGGUGAUCGCCCUCCUCGACCAGACCCGCCACAGCCUGGCCGCAGGCAGUGCCACAGAAGACAAGGACAGCAUGGAGACCGACGACUGCUCUCGGCCCCGGCACAAGGACCAGCGUGACGGGCAGGUGUGUGUGCUGGGUCUGCACCUGGCCAAGGAACUGUGUGAGGUGGAUGAGGACGGGGACUCCUGGCUGCAGGUGACGCGCAGGCUGCCUGUCCUGCCCACCCUCCUCACCACCCUGGAGGUGAGCCUGCGCAUGAAGCAGAACCUGCACUUCACAGAGGCUUCCUUGCACCUGCUGCUCACCCUGGCUCGUACUCAGCAGGGAGCCGCAGCAGUGGCUGGAGCUGGCAUCACGCAGAGCAUUUGUUUGCCUCUCCUGAGUGUGUACCAGCUCAGCACGAAUGGCUCGGGCCAGGCACCCAGCGCCUCUCGGAAGUCGCUGGACGCCCCCUCCUGGCCGGGGGUCUAUCGCCUGUCCAUGUCCUUGAUGGAGCGACUGCUUAAGACUCUGCGCUACAACUUCCUGACGGAGGCUCUGGACUUUGUAGGUGUCCACCAGGAGCGGACCUUGCAGUGCCUCAAUGCAGUGAGGACGGUGCAGAGCCUGGCCUGCCUGGAGGAGGCGGACCACACCGUGGGCUUCAUCCUGCAGCUGUCCAGCUUCAUGAAGGAGUGGCACUUCCACCUGCCGCAGCUUAUGCGUGACGUCCAGGUGAACCUCGGCUACCUGUGUCAGGCCUGCACUUCCCUCCUGCACAGCCGUAAGAUGCUGCAGCACUACCUCCAGAACAAAAAUGGGGAUGGCAUUCCCCCAGCUGUUGCUCCCCGAGUGCAGCGGCCACCCACUGCCUCCACUGCUGCCCCCUCGUGCCCCUCGUCCAAGCAGCCCGCUGCCGACACCGAGGCCGCGGAGCAGCGGGCGCUGCACUCGGUCCAGUACGGCCUCCUCAAGAUCCUCAGCAGGACGCUGGCGGCCCUGCGUCACUUCACCCCCGACGUCUGCCAGAUCCUGCUGGACCAGUCGCUGGAUCUUGCGGAAUACAACUUCCUGUUCGCCCUGAGCUUCACCACUCCCACCUUCGACUCCGAAGUGGCCCCCUCCUUCGGGACCCUUCUGGCCACGGUGAACGUGGCCCUCAACAUGCUGGGAGAGCUGGACAAGAAAAAGGAGCCCCUCCCCCAGGCCGUGGGGCUCAGCACACAGGCAGAGGGCACCAGAACGUUAAAGUCCCUCCUGAUGUUCACCAUGGAGAACUGCUUCUACCUGCUCAUCUCCCAGGCGAUGCGGUACCUCCGGGACCCGGCCGUGCACCCGCGGGACAAGCAGCGCAUGAAGCAGGAGCUCAGCUCCGAGCUGAGCACGCUGCUGUCCAGCCUCUCGCGCUACUUCCGCCGCGGGGCUCCCAGCUCCCCUGCUGCUGGCGUCCUGCCCUCACCGCAGGGCAGGUCCACCUCUGGCUCCAAGGCCAGUCCCGAGAGCCAGGAGCCGCUCAUCCAGCUGGUGCAAGCUUUUGUCCGGCACGUGCAGAGAUAGGGCAGCCGAGCGCUGCCCCGGCUCCUCCACCCGCUCCCCAGAGUUGCCAGGACUCCAGCCACCGCCUGCUGACGUUAUUUUUGUAAUAAAGAGGUCAACAGCAGGGGCGGGGAGCCAUGCGGCCACUGUGCACGGGCCUCGUUCAGAGCGCCGGAGCUGUAGUCCUUGGAGCAUUCCUCAGCUGCCGGCCACCGAGGCCAGCCCAGGGUCCCUGCCGUCCAGGGCGGGCCGUGUGCACGGGUUCGAAGGUGUUUUCCAGGAUCUGUUGUUGCAGUUUUUUGGUAAUACUGUGGUCUAUUUAUACAAAUAUUAAAAUACUGUUUAUAGA